AUGACAGCUACGAAUGGCACCAACGGUGCCUCGUCCCUCCCCCACCGCCCGCCUCCGCCAGCGACUGCUCUGUCCGCCACCGAGUUGAUCGGCAACACGCCUCUGGUACGGCUGAACAAGAUCCCGCAGUCCCUUGGUAUCGAGUGCGAUGUCUACGCCAAGGUGGAGCUGUUCAAUGCUGGCGGUUCGGUCAAGGACCGCAUUGCCCUGCGCAUGAUCGAGGAAGCCGAACGCUCCGGUCGAAUCAAGCCAGGCGACACCCUGAUCGAGCCCACGAGCGGCAACACAGGUAUCGGUCUGGCACUUGUAGGCGCCAUCAAGGGAUACAAGACUAUCAUCACGCUGCCCGAGAAGAUGUCAGCCGAGAAGGUCAGCGUCCUUCGAGCCCUGGGCGCCACCAUCAUCCGAACACCCACCCAAGCUGCAUGGGACGCGCCGGAGUCCCACAUUGGGGUUGCCAGACGCCUGGUCAAAGAGAUCCCGAAUGCGCACAUCCUGGACCAGUACUCGAACCAGGACAACCCGCUCGCCCACGAGUUUGGCACCGCCGAGGAGAUCUGGACACAAACUGGUGGCAAGUUGAGCUGUGUGGUAGCUGGUGCUGGAACAGGUGGCACCAUCUCUGGAUUGGCCAAGGGUAUCAGGAAGCACAGCAAGGAUGUCAAGAUCGUCGCAGCAGACCCACAGGGAAGCAUCUUGGCACUACCGGAAGCACUCAACGAAGAACACCGGGAUCAGCCCUACAAGGUUGAAGGCAUCGGCUACGACUUCAUCCCCGAUGUCUUGACUAGAGAAUUGGUUGACAAGUGGUACAAGACUGAAGAUCGCGAGAGCUUCAAGUUUGCCCGCCGCCUUAUUGCUGAGGAAGGUCUCCUUGUCGGUGGCAGCUCCGGAAGCGCCAUGGCUGCGAUGGUGCAGGCUGUGAAGGAUCUCGGCCUCGGCAAAGGCGAUGUUGUCGUUGUCAUCCUGCCGGACAGCAUUAGAAGUUACCUGAGCAAGUUCGCUGACGAUGACUGGCUCGCCGCGAACGAUCUUCUACCAGAGGCCGACAAGGCUGCCAAGGACGCCGCUAUUAUUGGGGACGCUAAGAAGGUUGCGGAUCCCUAUGCCGGUGCCACUGUCGGCGCGUUGAGAUUGAAGCCGGUUACCUCGGUAAUCUCCACUCAGCUUUGUGCUGAGGCUAUCGAGACUAUGCGGGAGAAGGGCUUCGACCAACUGCCUGUCUUGGCUGGACCGGGCGGAAAACUCGUAGGAUUGGUCACACUCGGUAACCUGCUCAGUUACAUCUCUCGCGGCCGUGCCACCGGCCAGAGCCCGGUGAAGGACGUCAUGUUCGACUUUGGCCGCCUUGAUGAAGUUGUGACCGACCCCAGAGAAGGUCGCGGCAAGCAGCGCCGCAAGUUUGUGGAGAUCACCGUCGACACACCGUUGACCGAGCUGAGCCACUUCUUCGAGUGGAACAGUGCGGCGGUUGUCACGGAGCCGGGCGUAGGCAAGGACAAGGCAUUGAGCAAACCGGUGGCUAUUGCCACGAAGGUCGACCUGUUGACCUGGAUGGUAAAGCAGGUAAAGCACUAA